CCAAUGUAAUAUGUGAUUCAGGUUAUAAAAGCAGAUUCAGCUCAAGCCUGAGACAUUGAGGUCUCAAGAUCCUCCUUAUGUUUGUAUUUCUGUUUCUGUUUCUGUUGUGUCUCUUCAUAAAUAUGUACAGCUAUUAUUUUCUAACACUUGCAGUGCUACACAGCUGCUUUGUUUGUGCGCAGAGUGUUUCGCACCCAGGAAAAUGCAAACUUGUCUUCAGUUCCGAUGAGGUCAGAGUCAUUUGUGACUCUGUUACCUUCAAACAGUUACCCAGCAAGGACUUCCCGGAUAACACUACAGACCUCACUGUCAAUUUAAGCAAUUUAAGCUCCAUUACAUCUGAUGACCUGAAGAUCUUGUCCCAUCUGAGUCGGCUCAGUCUAACCAGAAACCAGCUGCGGACAUUACCUGCGGACCUGCUUUUGGGCCUGUCUAAUCUUCAAGUGCUUGACCUUACAGGAAACAAACUGACAUCUUUACCAUCGCGAGUGUUUCACCAUUCUCCUCUUGUGGAGCUCACACUCUCGGAUAACCUGCUCUCCGAGAUAGAUCCUGACUGUCUGCCUGUAAACAGCUCUGUACUGAGGUUAGAUUUGUCAUCUAACAAAUUCACCCAGCUGCCUGUGGCCUUCCUGGAAAGACUCAACAAUCUAGAGAGCUUAGAUUUCAAAAAUAACCAGCUGGAGGAACUGACUCCUGGAGCUCUGAACUCCCUUCCCAAACUCGAGGCUCUGUAUCUGGAAAACAACAGACUGAAGUUUUUAGAUCCAUCAGCAUUCAUUGGCAACCCAAACCUUCGCCAGAUGUUCUUGAGCGGCAACCGUUUGGAGAGCCUGCCUGCUGGACUUUUCUUUAAGCAGGAGGAACUUGUUUUCCUUGACCUCAGAAGCAACUACCUGCAAAACCUGACUCCGGGUAUAUUGGAUGGACGUUCGUUUGCUGUGCUGUCUGGUAAUCCAUGGCACUGCAAUGCUAGCUUGACAUAUCUGUGGAACUGGCUGCGUAUGAAUGAAAAAAAUUUUUUUCAUGAUGACAAAAUCACUUGUCAAACACCUGAACACUUGAAGGGUAGAAACAUCACUGAAAUUGCUGCCACAGAGCUAGGGAUCAAGGGCUAGGAAAAUCAUUUAAUACAAUAAAACAGUCACAGAUGUUUCUGAAAUCUUCUAAAUACUUUACAAACUGUGAAAUAUUGAAAUAAUUCAAUAUUUAUCCAACAGUAGGCUACUUUUGGGGGAUGAGAGAUAUAUCAGAUAUAUAUCUUUGAUAAUGAAAUUUAUAUUUUAUUUUAUACAUUUUUUAAUUCAUACAUUAUUUCAUGAUUGUACUUUAUUUUUUGAACUUGAAAAUCUUCUCUAUUUACAAAUAUUAUUGGAAAAAUUUCCAGUUAACUAUUCUAAGUAUCCACCUUAUUUUUGUCAUAAGAGCAGGUCUCAUCCGUUUCCAACUAUUUUCAGCUGUACAAAACUUGUUUUGCUGGUUGGUAUUGCAAAUUGAUGUGUCUUACCAUGUUAUUUUAAUGUAUUAUCUUUAUUAUGAUCACACUGGUUUGUAGUUCAAACAGUUUUACCAUUUAUUGCACGUUGUUAUUCUCCUCCUUGUUUCCCUAAUAAACUGGAAGUCACGUCCACAGUCUUACUUAGGUGAUUGAAGAAUGAGGUGGAUAAUUUGUGUCUUUAAAGCCCUGGUUUGGUACUGUUUUUAAAGAAAGAAAACCUGAUGUUGAUCAGCAGAGGGCACUAAACUCUAAUCAAAGUAAUUGGAGGUACAUACUGUGUGUCCUGAGAGAAAUGUGGUUUCAGAAAAAGUAAUUUUUUUUUUUUUUUUGUAUGUAUACAUCUGUUUUUUAUAACUGUUCUGUCUGUUAUUGCUUUUAUUAAUACACUACAGUCUGUAAUUUCA